AUGGCUGCACCUACCGAGGCGCAGAUUGCACACCAGCAGCUCAUCGAGCAGCUCGACAUCCAUUCCAUUCACAAGAACUUCCGCAACCCAAAUUGGCGACCGAACCAGCGCAGGAACAAGAACCUCAAGGCAAUUGUUGGAGACGCAUCACGAAGAGAAGCAUCCGCCCUCGCCACCCCCCAAGAUAUGAGCGGCGACGCGACGCCUGCCGACGACGGGCUCUCCACCAGUGGCACGACGACGCCCGCCAACAGCAGCAGCGGCAGCAACCCUCCCAACCUAGCGCAGGCAUCUAGGAGUCUGUCCAAGCUGGUUCUCGAGAAGAGCUUAAAGCCCUCCAACGGAGCUGCGGUCUCAGCGCCCACCGCCACGUACACCAACAUCGAAUCCGCGCCCUCACUUUCGCACUCGAAGCACUACUGCGACAUCACAGGCCUGCCGGCUCCGUAUCUAGAUCCCAAGACUCGCUUGAGAUACCACAACGGUGAGGUCUUUGGACUUAUCCGUUCGAUCCCACAAACGACAGCAGAGCAAUUCCUCGAAGCUCGUGGCGCCCAUACUAUCCUGAAAUGA